AUGAGCGCGGCUCUUGAACUUCUCGGCGAAAUCAGACAGUCCUCGGAGCGCCGUCCGUUUGAGGUCCUGAAGCUUGCCGAGCCCCUCUUGAACAAGGGCACCAUCAGACAGGCCGGAGAUGAGAUCUGGCUGGUGUACGAGCAGGUGUUCCUGGCCGCCCUGGACGAAGGCCAGUUUGAUCUGGCCAAGAGCAUCCUGGACCAGCUCUACAGGCAGUUCCCGGGCUCGCAGCGCGUCAAGCGCCUGUACGGGCUGAUCAACGAGGCCCUGAGCCACCCCGAGGAGGCCCAGCAGCUGUACAAGGAGAUGUUGGCUGCCGACGAAACCAACGUGCUGGCGGCAAAGCGGCAGAUCGCCAUGCUCAAGGCGUCGGGCGACCACGCGCUGGCCAUCGGCGAGCUCAACACGUACCUGGACACGCACUCGAACGACUUUGAGGCAUGGCUUGAGCUUGCCCACCUGUACCUUGGGCAGCACAUGUAUGCGCAGGCUGCGUUCUGCCUCGAGGAGGUGAUUCUGCAGCAGCCAGCCAACCACUAUUUCCAUCUAAAGUACGCCGAGCUGCUGUACUCGAUGGGCAGCCUGGACAAGGCGCUCAAGGAGUUUCUGCGCGUCACUGAGCUCUCGACCGACAACAUCAGGGGUUCUAUGGCGUGA